ACCGUUUGUACUUUAACAACAUCAAUUAUUUCCCUAUAUUAUACUCAUAAGCUCAAUCUAAAGAAGACGGUAUCCAUUUUAUCAAAAGGAGAUGUGGCGAAGCUCUUUUUGCUCACUUGACGGCUACAAUGGUAAUAUUUAAGCCACUUCGGCUACCUUAAAUGUAAUUCGCAGUAUGACCACCGCGACCUUCCCAAACUAUUCCUAUUAUUUCUAAAUUAUCAUGCCACAACCAAAGAAACAAAAUGUUAUGUUAUAUUCACCAUAAGAUUUCUCGGGUAUUGAUGCGAUAUCCGAUACAAUAUAUAAUCUACGCUUCAAGUUAUAGAUAUUGAGAAUGGACUCGGGCCUUGGCAGACGCGUGUUAAUUCGAAGAAAGGAACCCCCUUUAAAACAGACAUGCUCUCCAUUAACUGAUCUAGAAUCAUUGCCGUCCUUUAAGCCACGCGAGCUUCACGGGGUUGUAUUACUCCAUUUUACGGCGUCGAUCGGCACAAUGCAGGGUCGACGUUCGGCAGAUACAUUGACGAGGUUAGCUACCUGCUUGCCUGCGGGGUAGAGAGCUAGACUAUGGUUCAUACGAUAUAUUCUUGGCUAGAUGAGCAUGUGAAGAUUUAUAUAAGAACCAGAACAUCAUAUCGAGCUGUUGAGGUUCAUUAGAUAAUAGUAUAAUUUAUCUCAUCACACUCAACAGCACGUAUACGCCAUGUCAUUCUCAGAGGAGGCUCAGUCGGACGUACCGCUUCUAUCAGAAAAACAUUCUGGUAUCCCCGAGUUCUUGUUGGAGAAGGCCCGGAAGACGAAAGCCGCCGUCUUCGAAACUAGAACCAAACCAGCUUCUACGAGGGACCGGCUACCAGUUCUACCUCACGGUAUCGAUGAGCAGGCCUUCGUUAGUGCGUUGGGUGAGCUUAGUCAGCAAUUGGGUCAAGAUAAUGUCGGACGAAACGAUAAACCCCUGAGAGAUGGAUGGUAUAUGGAACAUCCGAAUACCCACGAUUUGAUGGCAGUCGUCGAUGAUGAAGAAUUGGUACCAUCGGCUAUCGUUUAUCCUAGCAGCACCGAAGAGGUUCAGCAAGUCGUUCUUUGGGCGAACAAGUACCAAAUUCCUAUUUCCCCCAUAUCAAUGGGUCGGAACCUGGGAUAUGGCGGUGCGGCACCUAGAGUACGCGGGUCCGUCCUAGUUGACCUGGGCAGGCGAAUGAAUAAGGUCCUCGAUAUUAACCCUGAUGAUUAUACGUGCCUUCUCGAGCCUGGGGUAUCGUUCUUCGCUCUCUAUGAAGCUGUCAAAUCGAAGGGAUACGACCACCUUUGGGUUGAUGUGCCUGAUGUCGGCGGCGGUUCUGUAAUAGGGAACACCGUGGAUCGAGGUGUCGGAUAUACGCCUUAUGGUGACCACUGGGCCUGCCACGCAGGUCUAGAGGUUGUACUACCAACCGGAGAGGUGAUUCGCACAGGGAUGGGUGCGUUACCGGGAAAUAAUACAUGGCAAACGUUCCCAUACGGAUUUGGGCCAUAUUCUGAUGGUAUUUUCUCGCAGUCCAAUUUCGGAAUUGUGACGAAAAUGGGAAUGACGUUGAUGCCAAACCCAGGCGGAUACGAGAGCUUCAUGUACACCUUCCAGAAGGAAGAAGAUCUCGAUCAACUGAUCGAAAUAAUCCGUCCUCUGAGAAUUGGUAAUAUUCUCGAAAAUGUUGCGCAACUACGUCAUGUCACACAAACUAUCGCAGCUUUAGGAAAACCGCGAACUGAUUUCUACAAGGGUGAUGGCAUAAUCCCGGCGGAGGUAGUCCACAAAUUCGCCGCGACUCUUCCUAUGGCUGAUCAUUCGUGGAUUUAUUAUGGUAUGUCCUACGGACCGCCUCAUAUCCGCCAGUACAAACUUUCUAUUAUCGACGCCGAAUUUAAGAAAGUGCCUGGUGCUCGUCGUAUUGAUCCGUCAACACUGCCACCAGAUGAGUACUUUUGGGCGCGCGAUCGGAUCGCUGCGGGUAUCCCCGACCUGCAGGAGUUGCGCUGGGUCAAUUGGAUGCCAAACGGCGCUCACAUCGCAUUCUCUCCUGUCAGUCCGAUACGCGGCGCUGAUGCAAAGAAACUAUAUGACCUGGCUAAACGAAGACAUGAUGAGUUCGGUAUUGAUCUAUUUCCGGCAUUUUGCGUUGGUCUACGCGAGAUGCAUCUCAUUGUUGAACUUGUGUACGACCGUGCGGACCCAAAGCGCCGGAAAGAUGUGCUGGACUGCUUAAGACAUUUGGUGGAUGACGCGGCGGCUUGUGGGUACGGAGAGUACCGAACACACCUAGUGCUAAUGGACCAAGUCGCCGGGACGUAUAAUUGGAAUGACGGCGCACUAAUGAAGUUCCACGAGAAGUUGAAGGAUGCAUUAGAUCCUAAUGGAAUCAUGGCGCCUGGCCGCUGUGGUAUUUGGCCUAAGAAAUACAGAAAUCGCGGGUGGGAAAUGACGAAAGAUAGCGGGGAGAAUACUCAAGGUAAUGGUGUUGCGCCACCUUCGUAAGGGGGCCCGACGUGUAAAUAUUCGACCCCAAUACAAUGACCGCGCAGGAAAUAACUGAUUUGACCUCAUCCUCCCUUUGUUUCACGAUGCGAGUUUAUUACUCUGUUAUCUCACCAAUUUCUAGUCUUCAAUCGCAAUACAUCGGUCGACAAGAGACUUGAUUCAGUUAAAAGGCCAAAGGUCAUCACAUCUCGAUAGAUUGGCCAUGACCGUCCCCGAGUUGUCCGCCCUGUCGGUGUAUUGCGUCAUGACUUUAUUGAUAAUGUGCAUGCCACUUUGAUUUAGCGGCCAUCGGGGCGCAUCGAGAAAAAGAAAUGUGCAUAUUAUAAACCGAGAAACAGAGUAGUCGAGAGCGACGAACCGCAAAGACAUCGGACAACAAACAGUAUGUACUACCACAUAAUUAUGAUAACUCGAAUAACUAUGCUAAUUCACAAGUAACG